AGCUGGUAACUGCUGCUCUCACCCCCUCCCUCCCCACCAGUCUUUCCUUUUAAAUCAGACACACUAACUAAGCCAGAGCUGGCUGCAUAGUACAGUACUCAGUACAGAGUGCUGCUGCUCAUAUUCUGUUGCUGCUUUUAUGAGGAUCACUUAUAGAAGAGGAGGAACUUUUGGGUUGCAGAUGACUGUAUUCAGCCUCCUUACUAUGAGUGUGAGUCUGUGCAUUUAGGAAUAUCUUCAAGAUUCCCAGAAAUCAUGUCAGUAGGAUCACAUUCGUUUUCUCCAGGAGGCCCUAAUGGCAUUAUUAGAAGUCAAUCCUUUGCUGGCUUCAGCGGUCUUCAAGAAAGGAGAUCCAGGUGUAACUCCUUUAUUGAAAACUCAUCUGCACUCAAGAAACCCCAGGCAAAAGUGAAGAAAAUGCACAAUUUAGGGCACAAGAGCAACAGCACAUCUAAGGAGCCUCAGCCUGAAAGGAUGGAAGAAGUCUACAAGGCCCUAAAGAAUGGACUUGAUGAAUACCUGGAAGUGCAUCAAACGGAGCUAGAUAAAUUGACAGCUCAAUUAAAGGACAUGAAAAGAAACUCACGGCUGGGAGUGCUAUAUGAUCUAGAUAAGCAAAUGAAAGCAAUUGAAAGAUAUAUGAGAAAGCUGGAGUUCCACAUCAGCAAGGUUGAUGAGCUCUUUGAAGCCUAUUGUAUCCAAAGACGGCUCCGUGAUGGUGCUAGCAAAAUGAAACAAGCAUUUGGGUUGUCCCCUGCAAGCAAGGCAGCUCGAGAGAGUUUGUCAGAAAUCAACAAAAGCUAUAAAGAAUACACAGAGAACAUGUGUACUAUAGAAGGGGAACUGGAAAAUCUAAUGGGGGAGUUCUGUAUCAAGAUGAAAGGACUGGCUGGCUUUGCUCGACUUUGCCCAGGAGACCAGUAUGAAAUUUUCAUGAGAUACGGCCGCCAGAGAUGGAAAUUGAAAGGCAAAAUAGAAGUCAAUGGCAAACAAAGCUGGGAUGGAGAAGAAAUGAUCUUCUUCCCUCUUAUUGUUGGCUUGAUCUCCAUUAAGGUCACAGAAGUUAAAGGCCUUGCUACUCACAUUCUGGUGGGAAGUGUGACCUGUGAAACAAAAGAGUUGUUUGCUGCUCAGCCUCAGGUUGUAGCUGUGGAUAUCAAUGACCUUGGCACAAUAAAGCUGAAUCUGGAAAUCACUUGGCACCCAUUUGAUGUUGAGGAUGUGACCCCAUCCACAGGCAACACAAGUAAAGCAUCUGCUCUCCAAAGAAGGAUGUCCAUGUACAGUCAAGGCACUCCAGAAACACCAACCUUCAAGGAUCACUCAUUCUUUUCAAAUUUAGUUGAUGAUGUCUUUGGAAAUGGGACAACAGAAAAUGAGAAAAGACCAUUGUCUUACAGCUUCAGUGACAUUCCAAAUGGAGACUGCACUUUGUCAUCCAGUUCAGUAGGAUCUUCUACUACCAUAGAUAAUUCUAAUCCUGAAAUUACCGUCAUAUCUCCAGAAUACAAUGGGCAAAAGUUAUCAGAAACCCAUAUUUUGGACAGUAUCAGUAUAAGCUCAUCUGUGGACUCUACGCCAGAAUCCAAAGACUUAAAAACACAAGAGCAUAUCCUUGUUAGUGAUGAAAAGAAGGCUACAAGUACAGAUUCUGAAGUUUGCCAAAAGUCUCCACAUUCAAGGAACAAUAGCCUGUUCUUAGAUAAUAAUGCUCCAGUGUCACUUCUUCAGGAAACAGAUGAGUUAUCAGAGCUCAAGCCCGUGGAACUGGAUACUUUUGAAGGCAACAUCACUAAGCAACUGGUUAAAAGACUUACUUCAGGAGAAGGCCCCAUGACACCUGAGAAGCUGCAUUGUGAAGGAUCAAUAAGUGGUGAAUCUGAAGGUUAUAAAUCAUGUGUAGAUGGAAGCAUAGAAGAAGCAUUUCAGGGUCUUAUUCUUGCACUUGAGCCUCAUAAAGAACAAUUUAAAGAAUUCCUGGAUUUGGAGCAAGAAGUAACACACCUGGAUGAAAUCCUAAAGGGUAGACCAGCAGUAAAUCACAGCAGGUCAUCCAGUUUAAGCCUAACUGUUGAAAGUGCCCUGGAAAGCUUUGACUUCCUCAACACCUCUGACUUUGAAGAUGACUGUGGUACUGAGGAGCUGUGCAGUGGAGGGCAAGGCACUGAUUCUGUGUUUUCAGAUAGUGAAGUUGAGAAACACGGUUACAGGUCAGAACACCCAGAAGUCAGAGGGCAUCUCAGUGAAGCAUUGACAGAAGACACAGGAGUUGGUACCAGCGUAGCUGGAAGCCCUCUUCCGCUGACCACAGGGAAUGAAAGCCUGGAUAUCACCAUUGUCAAGCACUUACAGUAUUGUACACAGCUUGUACAGCAAAUUUUGUUCUCCAACAAAACGCCAUUUGUAACAAGAUACCUCCUAGACAAGCUAUCCCAACAAAUUCUAGUGUUUGAGAGUCUAACAGAGAUCAGCAAUGAGAAUAUUGGGAAUAUCAGACCCAUAAGUGAAGCUAUUCCAGAUUUUCAUAAAAGGAUCUCCCUGCUUUCCUUCUGGAAUAAAUGUACCAGUUCCUCUGGGGCUUAUCACACUUCUGCAGACAAGAUGAUCAAGCAACUGGAUGCCACAUUUGGUACAACUGUGAAUGAUGAGUGCCCAGGACUUGCAGAAACAGUAUUUAAAACAUUGGUAUCCCAUAUUGUGGACCGCACAGAGCCUGUCCUCUCCUCCAGUCUGUCCCUGGAAGUCAUAACAGUUUUUCAGUAUUACAACUAUUUUGCCAGUAAAAAUGUUAGUGAUCUGGCAAAUCAUUUGCUUCAGCUUGCAAGAGAAGCUGUAAUGGUACAGACUCUACAGUCCUUAAGAGAUGGAAAGAUCUUGCAGAAUAAAACCUCCUUAACCUCCAUCAGCCUCCCACCUCAGCAGGAAGUGCUGAAAUCUUUGGCUGUCCUCCUUCUGACUGAAAACAAAAGGGAGAUCCAUGAAGCUGUGGUAUCAAUACUGUCAGCUGCAGCAGCAGAGGACAAGCAAUUCAGGGAAAAGGCUUUAAUUUAUUACUGUGAAAUGCUUGCACAGCCCAAUCUCCAUCUCCAGAAAGCAGCUUGCAUGGCUCUGAAAUGCCUCCAGGCAACGGAAAGUAUCAAAAUGCUGGCUACUCUAUGCCAGUCUGACAAUGAAGAGAUCAGGAAGGUGGCCUCUGAAACCCUGCUCUCUCUUGGUGAAGAUGGACGGUUGGCAUAUGAACAACUAGAUAAAUUUCCCCGUGAAUUCAUUAAGGUUGGUGGACGACGUGCAGCUGAGGUGGCCACAGCCUUUUAAGCCGCAUAUUAACACAAUAUCCUCAGUGGUGGACCUUCUUAACCAUUAUGGUGCUGUAGCUGAACUGCAAGAGUAAAAACUGCUCUUUUGAAGGAUGCUCUGAAAUUUUUAAAAUAGAUAUAUAUCUAUGGAGGACACUGUUUCUGGGCUGCUGCUGACUUUUCCCUGUAGCUUAUAGCAAAACUGUCAAAGAUUGUGAUUAUUUGCUUCAGUGUGAAACUAUGUGGUUGCUGUAAAUCAGCCUCAACAAAUACGAGAGAUGUUUUAAUAUCGCCAUUCAGGCAUUUUUAACAGAAUUUGGUGCUUGUUUGUGGGCAUUAUUGCAUCGGUUUGAAACAUGUGAUGCUUCCCCUAAAACUAUGGAGGAAGCAAGCCGAGUAGAAUUGUUAAAGCAGUGCUAACUUCCUUAUGUGCUUUUCCUCCGUUGCCUUAGUAGCAAAAUUGAGCAUGAACUGUCCUCAAAUGAUGAGCUGCCUCCGGAAACAGCAGGAUGUGAACUCCAGGAGAUAUCAAUGCUCUGACUCACUUCCAGUUUCCAUUCUUGCUUUUUCCUUGCCCUCCUCUAAUGAACUCUCAUUAAUCGCAAGGGGUUUUCUUUUGUUGUCAAGCAAUUGUGUGGGCUGUGUGAAACAAGCAAAAGGUUAAAUGUGCUCCUUUUCCCAGAAAGGGCAAAUGAAUGCGAUAGAUUUUAUUACAUGAAAGCCCUGGCUCCAGUUUUCACCUCCAAAAUUUGAAAAAGAAAAAAAAAAAACCAUUGAAGUUGUAUGCUUUUUAGUAUAUAACAUAUUUUGU